CAUAAAUACCCGAUGUCAUGAGUCAACACACUCUGGCUGGUUUACUUUUGCUUUGCAUUAAAUACCCUUAAACCACCGAACCAAUUUUUCUCAACCUUAUGUAGCCCCACCGCCACCACCACCACCACCACCACCAAUAUUCCGCUUCAUUAACCCUCUCCUCCACUUGGUCUUUUAACCAAAAUGAGCAGCAAUCCCAGUUCACUCUCCGUCGACGGCGGUGGCGUUGACACCAAAGAUGACAAGAAACGUGAAACCCUAAAACCCAAAACAGUUCCAAUGCUAAAACUGUUUGCAUUUGCCGAUUCUUAUGAUUACUUCCUUAUGUUUUUUGGGUCCCUCGGAGCAUGCAUUCACGGUGCAUCGGUGCCUGUUUUCUUCAUCUUUUUCGGCAAGUUGAUCAACAUCAUCGGACUUGCUUAUCUAUUUCCCAAAGAAGCUUCUCAUAAAGUUGCAAAGUAUUCGUUGGAUUUUGUGUAUCUUAGUGUGGUAAUACUCUUUUCUUCUUGGACUGAGGUGGCUUGUUGGAUGCAUAGCGGAGAAAGACAAGCAGCAAAAAUGAGAAUGGCGUAUUUGAAAUCGAUGUUAAGUCAAGAUAUUAGUCUUUUUGACACAGAAGCUUCAACAGGCGAAGUCAUUUCUGCAAUUACUAGUGAUAUUAUUGUUGUUCAAGACGCUAUUUCUGAGAAGGUGGGGAACUUCAUGCACUACAUCAGCAGAUUUCUAUCAGGAUUCAUAAUAGGGUUCGUUAGGGUGUGGCAGAUAAGUCUGGUGACUUUGUCAAUUGUACCUGCGAUUGCAAUUGCUGGUGGUGUCUAUGCUUACGUGGCAACUGGACUUAUUGCAAGAGUCCGGAAAUCAUACGUCAAAGCUGGUGAAAUUGCUGAAGAGGUAAUCGGAAAUGUAAGAACAGUGCAAGCAUUUUCCGGUGAAGAAAAGGCAGUAAAUUCAUACAUCGCCGCCCUUUCAAACACUUACAAAUAUGGCAGGAAAGCCGGUCUCGCCAAAGGCCUGGGACUUGGCACCUUGCAUUUCGUCCUCUUCCUCUCUUGGGCCUUGCUCGUCUGGUACACGAGUAUCGUGGUCCACAAAAACAUCGCCAAUGGCGGCGAUUCCUUCACCACCAUGCUCAAUGUCGUUAUCGCUGGCUUGUCACUUGGUCAGGCUGCACCAGACAUUAGUGCAUUCAUAAGGGCGAAAUCAGCAGCGUACCCAAUUUUUGAAAUGAUCGAGAGGACGACAGUGACAAAAACGAGUUCAAACACGGGCCGGACAUUGGCUAAGUUAGAUGGACACAUAAGGUUUGAUGACGUGCGGUUUAGUUACCCUUCAAGACCAGAUGUUAUGAUCUUUGACAAGCUUCGUCUCGAUAUUCCUUCCGGAAAGAUUGUGGCCCUCGUUGGCGGAAGCGGUUCGGGAAAGAGCACGGUUAUAUCGUUGAUAGAACGGUUCUACGAGCCGCUCUCGGGUCGGGUCUUGUUAGACGGGCAUGACAUCUGUGAGCUUGACAUCAAAUGGUUGAGGCAUCAGAUCGGGCUCGUGAACCAAGAGCCCGCUCUGUUUGCCACAACCAUAAAAGAAAAUAUAUUAUACGGAAAGGAUUCGGCUACUUAUGAAGAGAUCACACACGCUGCAAAGUUAUCUGAAGCAAUCACGUUUAUUAACAAUCUUCCGGAGAGAUUUGAGACGCAAGUGGGCGAACGCGGGAUUCAACUGUCCGGGGGACAAAAACAACGGAUUGCGAUUUCACGUGCGAUUGUGAAGAACCCUUCGAUCCUUUUGUUAGAUGAAGCGACCAGCGCCCUUGACACUGAGUCUGAAAAGAGCGUGCAAGAGGCGCUCGAUCGCGUGAUGGUGGGACGGACAACUGUUGUGGUCGCCCAUCGGCUUUCCACCAUUAGAAACGCAGAUACGAUAGCCGUGGUUCAAAAUGGGAAGAUUGUGGAAACCGGAAGCCAUGAGGAACUCAUGGCCCAACCCAAUAGCGCGUAUUCAUCGCUUGUGCAACUUCAAGGAGCUGCUUCCUUGCAUGGAGGCCCAUCUCGCGCUCCCUCCAUGGGAAGACCUUCCAGCAUUAGGUUUUCUCGUGAGCUAUCACGGACAACUACGAGGAGUCUAGGAGCUAGUUUUCAUUCGGAUCGUGAAUCAGUUGGGAAACUUGGUGUUGAAGGGGUUGAAUACACGAAGCCGACACAUAUUUCAGCAAAAAGACUAUACACGAUGAUCAAACCAGAUUGGAUUUACGGGUUAACGGGUACAAUAGGCGCCCUAAUAUCAGGGUCCACGAUGCCUCUUUUUGCUCUCGGGAUAAGUCAAGCGCUUGUGGCUUAUUACAUGGAUUGGGAAACCACACAACAUGAGGUCAAAAAGAUUGCCAUUCUAUUUUGUUGUGGUGCUGGCAUAAGUAUAACUGUUUAUGCCAUCACUCAUUUAUGUUUCGGGAUCGUGGCAGAAAGGCUCACUCUUCGUGUUCGCCAAAAAAUGUUUUCAGCUAUUUUAAGAAACGAGAUUGGGUGGUUCGAUGACACGAAUAACACAAGCUCGAUGCUUGCUUCCCGUUUAGAAAGUGAUGCAACAUUACUAAGAACAGUGGUGGUUGAUCGAUCAACGAUUUUGAUACAGAAUUUUGGGUUAAUUAUGACUUCGUUUGUGAUUGCGUUCAUUUUGAAUUGGAGGCUUACACUUGUUGUAAUGGCAAUGUACCCUUUGAUAAUCAGUGGUCACAUAAGCGAGAAAAUGUUCAUGAAAGGGUAUGGUGGUGAUUUAAACAAAUCUUAUUUGAAAGCUAAUAUGCUUGCUGGAGAGGCUGUGAGCAACAUAAGAACAGUUGCAGCUUUUUGUUCUGAAAAUAAAGUGCUCGAUCUUUACUCCAGAGAGCUCGUCGGACCUUCAAAACAGUCGUUUAAUCGUGGGCAGAUCGCCGGAUUAUUCUACGGUGUUUCCCAAUUCUUUAUUUUUUCAUCUUAUGGUCUCGCAUUAUGGUAUGGUUCUGUUUUAAUGGAAAAGGGUUUAUCGGGAUUCAAAUCGGUGAUGAAAUCGUUCAUGAUUCUAAUUGUGACGGCGUUGGCCAUGGGCGAAACGCUAGCUAUGGCACCGGAUUUAUUGAAGGGAAACCAGAUGGUUGCUUCGGUGUUUGAAGUUCUUGACCGGAGAACACAAGUCGUGACUGAUGUAGGAGAAGAACUCGCAAGAGUCGAUGGGACAAUCGAGCUCAAAGGCGUCAAUUUCAGCUACCCUUCAAGACCUGACAUUUUGAUUUUCAAGGAUUUCGAUCUCAGAGUUCGAGCAGGGAAGAGCAUGGCGUUGGUGGGUCAAAGCGGUUCCGGGAAGAGCUCCGUUCUGUCCUUGAUUCUCCGGUUCUACGAUCCGACCUCCGGGAAGAUCAUGGUUGACGGAAAGGACAUCAAGAAGCUGAAAUUAAAGUCUCUAAGAAAACACAUCGGAUUAGUCCAGCAAGAACCGGCGUUAUUUGCAACAUCGAUUUUCGAAAACAUACUUUACGGGAAAGAAGGAGCUUCAGAAAGCGAAGUGAUCGAAGCAGCUAAGCUUUCCAACGCGCAUAAUUUCAUAAGCGCCUUACCGGAGGGCUACCUGACUAAGGUCGGCGAGCGAGGGAUUCAACUUUCCGGUGGGCAAAAACAGAGGGUGGCCAUAGCAAGAGCAGUGUUGAAGAAUCCGGCGAUAUUGUUACUGGAUGAAGCGACGAGUGCUCUUGAUGUGGAAUCGGAGCGAGUGGUUCAACAAGCUUUAGACCGGCUGAUGAAGAACAGAACGAGUAUUGUGGUGGCGCACCGGUUGUCAACGAUUAAGAACGCCGAUGAGAUAUCGGUGAUUCAGAAUGGGAAGAUAGUGGAGAAAGGAACACAUUCGAGUCUUGUUGAGAAUGAAAAUGGGCCUUAUUCGAAGCUUGUGAAUCUACAGCAGCAAGAACAGCAUCGCCGUAAAUAAUAAAAGAGAAGAUUGGGGGUUUUAAGGGGAUUGAUGAUGUUUUUAUAUCUUGUUUUACUUACACAUGAUUAUAGUUAAUUUAUCACCUUUAUAUGAUGAUAAUGAAUUAAUGAUGAUGAUUUAAGGUGUGAUUUUAGUCC